GAAAUAUUUUUAGUGGAUCUAUAAUUGUUAACUUAACAAAUCAAUAAAAAUUUUAUGCAUGCCUAUGCAAUUUAUAAUUUAAAUUAUUCUUAAUAUUAUCAUUUAAUCUUGAAAAAUGUGGCUUUGCAAAAUACAAUUUCUGGAUUAAUUGGCCCUAAUAUCCAGGAUCCGAAAAAUAAGCCUCUUUAAUUUGCCUCUACCGCGUGUUCUUCACAACCUUAUAUUGAGGAUCUAAAGUAGCAAUGACGAGUGACGACGCGAUGCGAAAAGAGUUGCAGGACCUUCACUUGAAAAUGAAUCAAAAGACCGAUGAGUCGCUGGAAAGCACGCGGAAUAUGAUGAACUUGUGCGAAGAAGGGAAAGACGCCGGCAUUAGAACGUUAGUUAUGCUUGAUGAACAAGGAGAGCAAUUGGAUCGUGUAGAAGAAGGCAUGGAUCAAAUCAAUGUUGACAUGAGGGAGGCAGAAAAAAAUUUAACGGGAUUAGAGAAAUUUUGCGGACUAUGUAGUAUCUGCCCUUGGACCAAAAAAAAUUUUGAAAAGGGUUCCACAUACGAAAAAACGUGGAAAUCUUCCGACGACGGCAAAAUAGUCAGUGGCCAGCCAAGGGUUAUAGAUGAAAGAAAUGGCAAGGGACCUUCAUCGGGUUUUAUCGUCAGAAUAACUAACGACGCCAGGGAGGAUGAAAUGGAGGAGAAUAUAGAACAAGUUAGUGGCAUGGUGGGGAAUCUCAAAAAUAUGGCCAUAGAUAUGGGCAACGAAAUCGAAUCCCAAAAUAGGCAAGUCGACCGAAUAAACCAAAAGGCUACAUCAAAUGAAUCUAGAAUCGAGCAAGCUAACAUGCGCGCCACUAAAAUCUUGAAAAACUAAAAGAAAAAAGCAAAUAAUUGAUGUAGAAGAAUUUAGAUCUAUUUAUAUUUUGAAAAAAGCUUCCAAAAUUUCUUGUAAAACGAUGUUUUAUUAUAAUUUUAAAGACAACCCUGGAACCAACAUAAGAAAAUCAGUCACCCCACUUUUCUUUUUUUUACAUAAAAUUUUUUGAUAAAUUGAUGAGGAAUUUAUUUAGAGUAAAGAAACUAUUUGACUAUGAUAUAAAUCAUGCCUCAAUAUUUUAUGUGUAUAUAAUAUUAUUAUUCAUAAUUUAUUUUAUAUUUCUUUGUAGAAAAAAAAUAUGGACCAAUUAAUGAUUUUUAUUAUUAUUAUUUUAAAUGUUAUUUCUUUUUAGCUUUAUAAAUUAUUAAAAUAUCGCAACAAUUUAAAUCUCCAAAAGAAAAUAUUAAUAUCUUAUGAAACAAAACAUAAUAUCAUUCCAAUAUCAUUUUUAUUUUCCAAGAUUUAAGAAGUGCUAAAUAACGCAUAAUGUUAAAAAACUCCCAAAAAAUUAAUUUUUUUUAAAAGUUUGUUUUAUCGAUAUUUAUUUAUAAAAUAUUUUGCAAUAUUUAUAUUAUUUUUUUUAGAUGUGAACGGAAUUUACCAUAUCAAAUGGGCCUU